UUAAUCCGUCACUUUUGUUAUUAUCAUUACCAGAUCUCUUCGCCUCCUCUCUCUCUCUCUUCGACAAAACCACUUUAGGGUUUUUAGGGUUUCUGUGAGAGCAACUUUCGAAGAUCUCUAAUGGCAGACGAUGAUUACAAUGAUUUGGAUAUGGGGUACGAGGAUGAGCCACCAGAGCCUGAAAUUGAGGAUGGGGAGGAAGAGGAGACACUACCACAAGAUGAUGAACUGAAUGAUCCUGUCGUAGAAGGUGAAGAGAGAGAAGCAGAUGCCAAGGAGAAGCAACAGAGAAAAACUUCUAAAUACAUGACAAAGUAUGAACGAGCCAGAAUAUUAGGGACACGUGCACUUCAGAUCAGUAUGAAUGCCCCGGUCAUGGUUGAGUUAGAAGGUGAAACUGACCCACUUGAGAUCGCUAUGAAGGAACUUCGUCAGCGCAAGAUACCAUUUACUAUCCGUCGUUAUUUGCCUGAUGGAAGCUAUGAAGAUUGGGGGGUUGAUGAAUUGAUUGUUGAAGAUUCUUGGAAGAGGCAGGUGGGAGGUGAUUGAUGAUGAUUAAUUCGACCAGAUUGUUAAUUAGACCCUAUCUAAUCAGUUAAUAGUAAGACUCAGCUGGAUACUUGUAUAGUGUCUGCCUAAAUUAUAUUGGCAACCUACGUUGGAUUGUGGCUGAUUGUAUUAGUGUGAUUAUCUUCUGUUACUAGUACAAUCAGUUCUCUUGAUGACCUGUUUUAUGUCAAAUAUAUCUGAUCUUGCCCUGAUGUCGAAGAAUUGGCCCGGAACUUCCUGGGCGUAGGUGACGUUCAAUUUUGAUAAUAUGUCUGAAUUUGAGUUUAAAUAAUGGUUGUACCGCUUUAUUUUGUAGUAAUUAGAGAGUUAAAAAUGUAUAUAAUCAAAAGAUGAAUCAAGAGUUUAUUUUGUAA